AUGCCGACCAAACGAUUUCUCGGCCUCAAUGGCACCCAGCUUCAGGUCGCUAUCGGUGUCCUGGCUGGUAUGGAUUUCUUGCUUUUCGGUUACGAUCAAGGCGUGACUGGUGGCCUUCUUACUCUCGACUCUUUCAGAAAAUACUUCCCCACGAUUGAUACUACGGCAGCUCACACCGAUGGCUGGUCAGCUGCGGCUAAAUCCAAUCAGUCAACUCGCCAGGGCAUCACCGUCGCUGCGUACAACUUGGGAUGUUUCGCCGGAUCUAUUCCCACAAUCUGGGUUGGUAACAUGCUGGGUCGCCGCAAGGCUAUCUUCCUCGGUUCAUUCAUUAUGUGCAUCGGCGCGAUCCUGCAAUGUACAUCUUACGAGCUCGCCCAGCUCGUCGUUGGUCGUCUGGUCACUGGUUUUGGAAACGGUAUCAACACAUCUACAGUCCCCACCUGGCAAUCCGAAUGCUGCAAGUCCCACCGACGAGGUCAACUGGUCAUGAUUGAGGGUGCUAUGAUCACCUGUGGUAUCACCAUUAGUUAUUGGAUCGAUUUCGGUCUACUAUUCGCCGAUCCCAAUGAGGUCGCUUGGCGUUUCCCGCUCGCUUUCCAGAUCUUCUUCGCUGCCAUCAUCUUGGCUUUCGUCAUGUUCCUCCCCGAGUCUCCCCGUUGGCUUAUUUUGAAGGGUCGCGAGGACGAGGCCCGUGAGGUUUUAGCGUGCUUGAUGGGUGAUGAUACCGAUGAAGUCUUCAUUGACACCGAGUUUAUCGCUAUUAAAGCUACUGUCCUCGAGAUGGCCAAGGGAUCAUUCCGCGAUAUGUUUACCAUGGGCCCUGAUCGUCACUUCCACCGUACCAUGCUUGCCUACGUCAACCAGAUGUUCCAGCAGAUCUCCGGUAUCAACUUGAUCACCUAUUAUAUCCCUACUAUUAUCGAGGAGCAAAUUGGUCUCAGUGGAAUUAACUCACGUCUUAUUGCUGCCUGCAACGGAACUGAGUACUUUGCCGCCUCCUGGGUCGCUGUGUUCACUAUUGAGAAAUUCGGUCGUCGCUCGCUUAUGCUCUUCGGUGCUGUUGGCAUGUCAGUUUCUAUGGCUGUCCUGGCCAUCAGCGAUUCAAUCUCGUCUUCCAACAAGGGUAAUUCUACAGGUGUCGCUGCCGGUAUCGCCCAGACGAUUGUUCCUCUCAAGAUCCGUGCACCGGCCAAUGCUCUUUCAACUUCAUCCAACUGGAUCUGGAAUUUCAUGGUCGUCAUGAUCACACCAGUUGCUUUCAGCACUAUCGGCUACAAGACCUAUGUCAUCUUCGCUGUUAUUAACGCCGCAAUUGUGCCUGUUGUGUACUUCUUCUUCCCAGAGACUACCAUGCGCUCCCUGGAGGAGAUGGAUCGUAUCUUCCACAAGACUACAAACGUUUUCGACGUCGUUCAUAUUGCCCGUACCGAACCUCACAUGUACGGCCCCAACGGUGAACUUCUUCGUACUCUGGAUGAUGUCGAGGAUGAUGCAGUUCGUCGUGCAAGUGUUCUUUCCAACCCGAACAACAAGAAUAUUGCCCGGACUCACCGCGAACAUGCCGAGAAAGAUAGCGACGACAAUACAGCAACUAGCGAGGAGAAAUAA